AUGAUACCCAAACUCCAAGGGAUCAGAUUUAGGAAAGAAGAACAAGAGAGGAUGGAAGAUUAAGAGAUUGAAUUGGAUGCUCUCAAUAAAGUUGAUAAGUAAUUGGAAAUGCUAGAAAAUAACUCAGCGUGGAAAUCCAAACCUUUAAGGAUCAUAUAGAAAAUAACAAUUUUCAUUACUCGACUUAAACAUAAUUCAACUACUUACAGAUUUAAAUUGUUAAAGAAAAACAUCUUUCUACUAAUCAGAGAUAAGGCUUCUUCAUUCCAAUUUUAUCUAUAUAAUUUUAUGCUAUUUUAGAAACCAUCAAGAUGGAUACAAAUAAAAUAUGAAGCUCACGCUAACAAUCCAUUAUGGUGGCGUUUUUGGUGUUUCAUAAAAAGUGAUGAAACAGUUCUAUUACCUGCAGAUAAAUUCCUUUUUUUAUGGGAUCUCUUGAUGAUGUUAGUAACUAUCGUGAAUAUCUUCUAUGUUCCUUUGCAGCUGUCAUUUAAUCUCAAUGAAGACAAUAUGGGUAGUGUCUUUACUCUUUUUAGUACAUUACCAAGCUGUAUUUUUUUGAUUGACCUUAUCCUUACGUUUUUUAAAGGAUAUUAUGAUAGAGGGAUAUUAUAAAGGAAUAAAGCAAAGAUAUUUUGGCAUUACAUCAAAGGAGACUUUGCUUUAGAUUUGGCUAUAGUUUUGCCUUUCAUUUUAUCAUGGAUGGGAUAUUCAGCUGCAAACUAUCUGAUGUUGAUUCGAAUGACAAGAGUAAGAAGAACUAUGAUAGUAAUUGAAGAGAUAUCCAAUUUCAAGGAGAAGAGUGCAAUCAUUUAUUAGUUAUUUUGUUUAAUCUAUUCACUACUUUUGAUUUCUCACUUUUGUGCUUGUCUAUUCCACUACUUUGCCCUUUAUGAAGUAGACUAAGGCUACACUCACACUUGGCUGCAUCAAUAGAAUAUAUUUGAUGAAGAUUUGUACACUAAAUAUUUCAAUUCACUCUAUUGGAUUACUAUCACAUCAAUGACUGUUGGAUAUGGUGAUAUUGUUCCAGUUACAACUCCUGAAAAAAUAUUAGUCACUGUCAUUACUUUCUUGGUUACAGGUGUCUUUGGUUAUGCACUAGGAAUGAUAUAAAGUAUUUUUUAUAAAAUGGCAGAGUAAACAAAUUUAAACAAUUCGAGAUUGAGAUUAGUGAGUAAUCACAUUAAGUAGAGAGGAUUGAAUACUCAAUUGUAAUUUAGAGUUAGGAAAUACAUAGAAUAUUAUUUAUAAUUUAAACAGGACGAGGAAUUAGAUUUGGAUGAACUUAUGGGACAACUCAAUCCAAAACUCAAACAGGAAGUGUAAAUUGCAAUGUAUUAUCGUUAUCUAAAACAUUCGAAAUUAGUUGGAACCAACUUUGCAGACGAUAUAAUCAAAAAGCUAUGUUUCUGUAUUCACGAGAAAACAUUUGCUCCUGAAGAAGUUAUUAUUAAAAAAGACGAAUUGCCAAAUUAAUUAUAUAUAGUGUUGGCAGGAUAAGUUAAAUCUCUAAUAUUGGAAAAGUCUAUCAAAAGAUAUCAAUAAGGAAAUCUACUCUGCGAAAGAGAAUUCUUUUAUCAAGAUGUCAUGCAAUACAAUAUUGUUGCAUCUUCCUUUGUUUAAGUAGCUUACUUGAAUCUUUCUGAAUUUUAAUCUAUCAUUCAAAAUCAUCGAUCCAGUUUUGAACAAUAUCGGUAUGCCAUAGACAAUACUGUUUUUGGUCAAAAUACAAACUUAAUCAUUUGUGAGGCUUGCCAAUCUCAUCAUUAAUUCAAAAAUUGUCCUCUUAUUUUCUUUAAAAAAAAUAACGGUAAAGUGUUGGCUGCUUAUCAUACCAAUGACUAUUAGAAUAGGCAAACAUUUGCUAGGAAAAAAACUAAAUACAAAUAGUAAAGAACUGGUAUUCUCAAUGGAGCUUAUGAUCAUAUAAUUAAGAUGAGAACUCAAUUAGGAGUGCAAGUUGAUUAAGCAUUCUUAAAUAAAAUUGGAUAUCCAGGUUAUGAGCAACAACAUGAGAGUGAUGAAGAAGAUGAUAAAUUUUAAUCUCCACAAGCAAGAAGACAGAGUUUUUCAUAAUAUAAUGAACAUUUACCUUCAAUUUCUCAUUAGAGUCUUCCUCAAGAUGAUAAAUAAAAUGACUUUCAUAUUGACAAAGUCUAAGAAUAUGAAUUCUAUUACCCCCAUAACAAUAUUACCAAAGUUAGUAAAAUUGUUAACAAAUAGUAACUAUUACGGAGAAUUAUGGAUAAAAUAUUAAAUAAAAAGAAUUUAUUCGCUGGCCUUGUGUUUAGAUAAGUCGUGUAAAAAAUUAUAUGA